AUGGUGCACCUUUUUUCGCAGGACCCAGUUUUGUGCCCUCCGAGACCACCACCCAGCCAAUUCCUUCUACCGUUAAUGGUGCACCAUUCUUUGCUGGACCUGACUUUGUUGGCUCCGAAACCACCACUAAACCAAUUCCUCCAACUAUCAACAGUAUUCCAUUUUUUGCCGGUCCAAGCUUUGUCGGUUCCGACUCGGUUAAUUACUGGUAUCACCGUUACUGGAUACACCACUUAUUGUCCAGAAGCCACUACUGUGACCAUUACCACUUGUAGUGAACACAAGUGUGCUCCUACCGAAAUCACCGUAACUGGUCCAAGUACCGUUACCGUAUCUGAAGAAUGUGUGGUUCCUUCUACCGUUGCGGCUGAGUCCACCCAACCAGCUGUGAGCACCUUAGUUGGCGCGGCUCCAAGAAAUGUUGCCGGAGGUUUGUUAGCAGCCGUUGCCGUUGCCGUUGUACUUUAG